AUGGCUCCAAUGUCUUCUCCAGCGAGCUUUUCUCUUCUAUUUUCAUGGCUACUCAUGAUUAUUCUUUUAAUUUUCUCAUCUGGGUCUCACACUAUUAUCUCAAUCCACUCAUUCACGUUCACAGAAGCAACCGUGAAAGACAUCCAACUUGCCUUCAACCACAACCAACUUACCUCCAGGCAGCUUGUGGAGUUCUACCUCGGCGAAAUCCAUCGCCUGAACCCAGAGCUAAGAGCUGUCAUAGAGGUUAACCCAGAUGCUCUGUACGAAGCUGACAGGGCUGACUGUGAGCGGAAAGCUAAGUCAGUUUCUGGGUUGCAUGGCAUUCCUGUGUUGCUUAAGGAUAAUAUAGGAACUAAGAACAAACUCAACACCACCGCCGGCUCGUUUGCACUGGUAGAUUCCAUGGUGCCUAGAGAUGCAGGGGUUGUGAAGAGGUUGAAGAAGGCUGGAGCUAUUAUUUUGGGAAAGACUAGCUUGAGCGAAUGGGCGGCUUUUAGGAGCACAAUGGCUCCAAAUGGCUGGUGUGGUAGAAGCGGCCAAGGAAGGAACCCUUAUGUUCUAUCAGAAGAUCCUUCUGGGUCAAGUAGUGGAUCCGCAAUAUCUGUAGCAGCCAAUUUGGUAACUGUUUCACUAGGGACUGAGACUGAUGGCUCAAUUCUAUCUCCAUCAAAUGCUAACUCUGUGGUGGGUAUUAAACCAACUGUAGGUCUCACCAGUCGAUCUGGAGUCGUUCCUAUAUCUCCCCGACAAGACACCAUCGGGCCUAUUUGUAGAACAGUAGCAGAUGCUGUUUACACUCUUGAUGCUAUUGUAGGUGUUGAUUAUAAGGACAAAGAAAGCUUCGCAACAUCUAAAUAUAUUCCACGGGGUGGCUACACACAAUUUCUAAAGGCUUAUGGGCUACAAGGGAAAAGAAUUGGCGUAGUGAGGAAUCCUUUCUUUGAAUUAGAAGGACCUGUCGUGUCUCAAACAUUCGUGUCUCAUCUCCUGACAUUAAGGCAAGAAGGAGCAAACUUGGUAGACAAUAUGGAAAUAGCCAAUAUUGAAACUAUUAAUAAUCCCAUGGCAAGUGGUGAAGCACUAGCUUUGAUGGCAGAGUUUAAGCUAUCCUUAAAUGCUUACCUAGAAGAACUUGUGACAUCCCCUGUCCGGUCCUUGGCAGAUGUUAUAGCAUUCAACAACAAAUUCUCCAAUUUGGAAGUGGUUGAGGAAUUUGGGCAAGAUAUAUUUCUUCAGGCUCAAGAAACGAAUGGAAUAGGUGAUGCAGAGAAAGCUGCUAUCUUAAAUUUAAAGAGGUUAUCAGAAGAUGGGUUCGAGAAGUUAAUAAUGGAGAAUAAACUAGAUGCAUUGGUAACUCCAGGUUCAAGCAUUACCCCUGUUCUUGCAAUUGGUGGAUUUCCAGGGAUUAAUGUUCCUGCUGGAUAUGAUGAUAUGGGGGUGCCCUUUGGAAUAACCUUUUCAGGACUCAAAGGCACUGAGCCAAAGCUAAUUGAGAUAGCAUAUGCUUUUGAGCAAACCACUAAGAUCAGAAAGCCUCCCUCAUUCAACCCUUGA